AUGCCAGCUGCUCCAGCUGUUUCUGAUCAUGCACAUGCACACGCACCAGACUCCUCAUCUGCCAGUCCACAUCUAGCGAACCAUCCACAGCAGCUCAUUACCACUCCUAAUGGCUCUUCCGCGCCUGGUCCAGACGGGCUACUCCAUCCCGGUCUUCGCCUGGACAUGAGAAAUGCCAAUGGCGUGCAGCGCGACGGCCGCGUUAGGAAUCCCAUCCCCAGCAAGCUGAAAGGCAAGACGGAUGAAAAGAAGGGAAACUUCCGAGUCAUGCAUAUGGACAUAUCCAACACAAGCGAAAGCCAGGCUAGAUAUGAUGCCGCCAAGCGCAGCAGCGAAAACACUGCUCUCCAGGCCAAGAUGGCAGAGACUGAUCAUUACGUAUCGCAUCACAGGAGGGCCAACUAUGCCCGAACAAAGACGCUCAAGGAACCCGAAGAAGAGGCUGCUGCACCACCACUUCUUCCUCCACGUACCACUCAGCUCACCCCCGAGGAGGUCAAGACAGAGCAAGCGCGUCUACUCACACUUCUUCGCACCCUCCCUCAUGACAAUAUUGUGAACCAGAUAUGCAAGGCUCUAGCUUUUUUCGGCGGCAUUCCAGAUGCGCCGCCUCCCCCAAGUGGAAAAUUCCCAGACAGUGGUGAUGCGAACGGCCCAGGAAACCUGUUUGUAGGUUGGCUUUCGGAAAUAUUUCCAGACCUUGACCGCCCGCGUAUGCCCAAUGACCAGCCAUCCGCUCCGGCUAAACGACCGAGAGGCCGCCCAAAGGGCAGCAAGGCAACCAAAGCCAGAAAAGACAAGGGCAUUAAGAAGAAUAACAGAGGCCCCGAUGGAACUGGUUUGAGUGGCCAGGACGGUGACCAACCUGGAGAUGACGAAGGCUGGGAAGAUGUGAAUGACAGCGUCCUCGACGUGAGCAGACAAGGCGAGAGUGUGGAGGAUCGUGUUCUAUCUUUGCUACAGACGCCUCCGCAGAAUGCUGGGGCCUCCAAUGCCAUGCCAGGGACUGGUGGCCCAUCCGGUUUUACAUCUAUAAACCCAGCAUCAACACCAGUCACAUCAGUCAAAAAGCGUGGUAGGCCGAAGGGGUCGAAGAACAAAGCUAAGGACCCAAACCUUCAGAAUACACCACAACAAGCUGAAGUUGGGGCUGGUGCAGCUCCCACCACGACCAGCACCUUUCAGCCGGCAUUGAACGUCGAGUCGACUCCCACAGCACCUGUUGAGGGCAAGAAGAAGCCCAAAACUGGCAAGAAAGCCGCAAAUGCCUCUGCCGCCUCUGCCACUCAACUACCACAAUCGGCACAAGUAGGAACCAGCACAUCAUAUAUACCCCCUCCAACGUUGCCACUAGCGGCCACGAGAAACCCCGGACCUGUCCAGACGGGCGUUAAUGGCAGCAAUGGAAAUGCUGAGGGUAUUCAUGUACCGAGACAGAUACAGAACAUGGAUGCAGAAAUGCCCCAACCGAUCAACUCAGUAACACCCCAAGUGAAGGAAUCUUCCAUUACUGGCGCCAAGCGGAAACGUCAAAACAAUAAGCCACCUGCUAAGAGUGCAGAUUACGCUGGGACUAAUGACCCUGCCACUUCUCACCUGCAAACCAAUUCUUCAGGGUUACCACUUGCCUCUGGGUUAGGCAUGGACACGCCUCAACGGCAGUCCAACGCUAUACCUACGGCUGACAUGUCAGCUGCUGCACCACCUGCUAAGAAGCCCCGCAAGUCGAAUGCUGGCACUUCAAAGAGGAAAAGUACAACAGGAGCAGCGGGUGAACUUUCUUCGGUUACAUCUUCCGAGAAUGCCCAGAAUCAAACGUCCUCGCAGAUGAUUGACGACACUACACAAGCACGGUCACAGCCUGAAGGUCUCCAGGCUCAUUAUGAUCGUUUUGCCUCGCUAUCCAACAAUACUGAUCACCAGACUCAGGCCUACUCUGGCCAGCAGCAAGCGCAGCAGCAAGUCCAGCAACAAGUGUCUAAUAGCGUGAACACUUCUUCUGCCCCUGUGGAAGGCUUGGAAGCCCAUUAUGAGCGGUUUCAGUCCGUACAGAACCGGCAGCACAAUGCCCAACAACCCGCCAGCGCACGUCAACAGUCGCGGCAGGUUCCGCAGCAUCAUUCUACACAAUCGGCCUCUCCGGUCCCGCCUCAAAUUUCCAAGACACCGCAAAUGGCGACGCUUCCUUCCCAGCAGCAGAAUAGAGCAAGCACAAACACUCCAAACUACUACGCUCAAUCGCAGACCCCAGGCUUUAUUGUGCAGCAAGGUUCCUACACAACAAACCAGCGCCAGCCGCAGAAUACGAGUACAAGCUCUCCAGGAACUGGUCUUGUGUCCCACGUUGCGCAUUCUCCCCAGUAUGGGACACAGAGUAGCAAUUCCCCGCUCUUGAGUAACGACAACACGUUUCGAGGAUCCCCGUCGCUGGGGUUUGCGCCUCGACGCACAACUUCUGCCUCUCCGAUGGAUAACGCUUAUCGGACGAACAGCGUGACGGCCCAAGCGUUUGUCAAUUCUCGCCAGACUCCUGCGACUUCACAUGCGGGAGUUGCAUCCACCUACUCAUCCUUCACCGACAAUAGCUUAUUCGACCUUCAAAGCUUUGAUUCCGCCAGUGGUAAUAACAUGGGACUGGGCGGCACGGGGUCUUACAGCAUGGGAAAUAGUAAUGUACAGCGGGCAAACAGCGCAUCAAACAAUAGCUCGGCUUAUGCUGGGACUACCAUGACGAAUGGAGCAUACGAUCAGACCGGGCUGAACAAGGGGGCAAUGAACAACACUUACCGGGGCCAACCCCGAUGGGCAUGA